AGGCAGUCAUUUUUGAGCUUUGAAAGUUGGUGCAAAUUUCUUCUUCGCUUUAUCUCAGUAUUGCGGUUUGCCCUAGGCGUGGAAAGUCGGCUGCCUGCGUUUCCGAGUCUCAAGAUAUUCAAGUCAGCUACGCAGUGAUUCCUACGGCAUACUUUGUAAGAAGAUAUUUAAGGUCUCGCAGCUAUAGGUAGUCUCCAUACACUCUAUCAUUCUUCACUCACUUCAUCUCUACCGUCUUCUCCAGACACUAUCCAGCAUGCGCCCCCUCCCCACCCACUUCCGAUCAUCUUGCACAAUAUGCUCCAGCAGCCUGACGCCCGCACGCUCAUAAACACCCUUCCCAUCCGAACACGCCAUAACAAAAGUAUCAAAGCCCAUCUUCUCCGCCUCCUUCAGCCUCUUUUCCUCUUCUUCACUAAUUCUCGGUACUUUCGCUUCUGUCCCUCACCGGCUCCAGCAGGCAACGGCUUCCUAACCCGAAUUAGCCUUUCUUUCCGCUCCUCCAAGCUGCACACCUCUCUAUCAAACCCCCAAAAUAGAACCGCCAAUACGACAAAAUACUGCAGAGACAAACUCCCUGGUGCCGUCUCCUCGUUGGAUCCGAGAGCGGGUCGCAAGAAUGCCGUAGUUCCGCUUGCGAGACCACAUAUUCACAGCUCUCAUGCGGCUCGCAACGCACAGAUGAGUCGCCAGUUCGGGACCGUGAUGAAGGCGGGGAUAUUGUUGAGAGCGAGAGCGGGGCCGUCCGUGGUGAGGCAGGGGCUGAUGGUGAUGGGAGGUGUGGAGCGCGGCAUUAUGAAUGCAUUUAUAUCUAUAUAUAUAAAUAUAUAUUGGGGGCAAUGGCUGCAAAUGGUGAAUGAGGUCUAACAUAAAAUAUAAUGAAAUACAGUACAGGUUGGGAAUCGAUUAGGGAGGGAGGAAGAUAUAAUAUAAUUUAGGAGCCGUUAGACAGCAACAGUUGUGCGUUAUAUUAACCUUAUUGGCUUGGGACCUUCCCGAAUGGGAGGGACGCGUGAUAUAAGGUUAUGUGGUCCUGUUGUUGAUUCAGGGGCUCUCGCUUGUAGGCUUCAGGGGGUUACAUCCCCGGGUGUAACAACUUCAAAUGCAGAACUUUGAUGUAAAUUA